UGUUAGCCGUUUCUAAUUGUUGUUAGUAUUUUAAAUCAAUGUAUGUAACAUGGGGUUAUCACUUUCUUACCCACGGGUCACAGAGCAGGAAUCUUAUGAAGAUCCUGAUGAAGAAUCAGACCAAUUUGAUCUUGCCAGGGCAAUCCAGACAACAAAUGAGAAGUAUACUUACACUAUGGUCCAGCAAAGGAUCCGUUCCAACCAGGAAAUUGCCAGAAUGCAGAACCUAUUUAGAAACUGGAAUACCACAGCCCAAGAACUACAGAAGACAUUCCUUCAUUGGACCUCCACAGACCUGCUGAACUUAUGGCAUCUGUUUGAUUGGUUUGAUGCCAACAAGGACAGACUGCUGGAUUUUGAAGAGUACAAUGCAUGCAUUGAUCACAUUAUGAACAGUGCCACUCCUGAAGAGCGCAAGGCCAUGUUCGAGGUGGCUGAUGUACACAAGAACAACUGCCUCAACUUUGAGGACUUUCUACAGCUAAUGCAGGGAAAAAUACAUUCACCUGUGCCUAGCUGUUCUAAUGCGGGGGAUCAAGAUCUUGUCAACAUGGUGGCCAAUAUGGACACAUUCCAGCAGAUGUGUUAUGGUGUCUUCUGAGCCUCAAACUAAGCCUUUGAGAUAUUAAACAUGAAUAUAUUACAA